AUGACAAUCACACCAGAUCCCAAAGUUGAAAAUGGGGCAACUUUUGACAUACUCCGAGAAGAUCAUACAAUGGGUAAUUUGAUUCGAAGUAAACUUUUGGAAGAAUCUCAAGUUACUUUUGCUGGUUAUAAAGUUCCCCAUCCUUUAGAACAUAAUGUUGUAUUAAAAGUUCAAACAACACUUGAUACCAAACCUGAAAUGAUGGUGGCAAAAGCAUUAAAUGACUUAAUUACUGAAGUUAGUUAUCUUAAACAAAAAUUCGUGGUACAACUUGGACGAGCGAGAGCAUUGGUUAUACCAAGAGAACAAAAACCAAUGGAAGAACAAAGUCAAAUCGGUAUUCAACCUACUACCACCACUUCAAUUGCUACUACCAGAGAGAAUAAUACCCACACAAAUCCUCCUCCUGCUGGUAGUAAUACAGGUGGAGUUGCCGUGGAUAUGGAUUUCUAA